CGACGCGUAACUCUCGCUCGUCGGUAACCAAAUUUUCAGACAAAGAACAAGGAUCAAAGUCAAGCUCAGCAAGAUGGCAUUAGUCUCUGGUGGAAGAUCAACACUAAACCCUAAUGCCCCUCUUUACAUUCCAGCUGCCUUUCGCCAAGUGGAGGAUUUUUCUCCAGAAUGGUGGCAGCUGGUAACAACACUAACAUGGUACCAGGACUACUGGCUCAGCCAGCAACAGGAAGAGGGAGUCUUUUAUGGCAACGUUGGUGAGAAUGGAUAUGAUGGUAAUGAUGUGGUUGAUUUGCUGCCUGAUACAUUUGAUCUUGAUGCUGGUGAAGAUCUUUCUAUGGAAGCUCAGCUUGAAGAGUUUAUUCAAUAUUGUGAAACCCAAGAAGAAACUGGACCCAACACUAAUGUGGAACCAGAGCGUGGACCAAAGACAUUAACUGCAUGAGCCAGAAAUUGGAGCUUUCAACACAUCUUCCAAAUGGAGCUUGCGGUCAUUUAGCUAUUGCACCAUGUUAUCUGUAGAUUUAACUUUCUGUAAGUCCUGUAUAGGCAAGGUUUCAAUCGUCAGUCUAUCCUUUUCUUGCUUUACCAAAAUUAUGGUAAAUGGGAAAGGAAACGAAAAUUUAUGACAAUAUUUCAUGCCCUGAUGUGGCAAGAGUUGCUACAAGUUCUCAAAUUACAAAAAUGAAAAAAAAAAAUGAAAAAAAUUCUCUGUCA